AUGUCGAGUGGGAGAGAUGAGGUGAAAUGCUACAAUUGUGGAAGGUUUGGACACCGUGCUUCUGAUCGCAAGAAUGCUACGACGAGUUGCUUCAAGUGUGGACUGGUGGGGGAUCUUGCUUUCGAAUGCAAGAGUAGGGAUAUUUUUUGCAACAACUGUGGAGAGGCCGAACACAUUAGUACCAAGUGUACAAAGCCGAAGAAGGAGAAAGUGGGAGGUAAAGUUUUUGCAUUGAAUGUUGAGGAGGUGCAAGAGCCGGAUAACUUGAUCAGAGGUAUGUGUUUUAACAACAGUACUCCAUUGAUUGUAAUUAUUGAUACGGGUGCUACCCAUUCUUUUAUAUCGCUUAGUUGUGCGGAACGUUUGAAUAUUGUUAUGACUCCGAUGUUGAGAUGGAUGGUCAUCGAUACCCCGACCAAUAGCUCGGUGACUACUUCCUUGGUUUGUGUUAAGUGUCUUGUUAAUUUUGGAAAUGUGGAUUUUGAAUUUGAUUUGGUAUGA